GAUUCCCACCUUCGCGCAGGCGCAUUUCCACAGCACUAAACCAUAGGGGCUAGAUUUUGCUCACAAUCGCUGCAUAAACUGGCACGUGAUGAUAUCACGUUAAUUCAGUCCUUGGUUUCCGUACAAGUAGAAUUCCAGUCAAACAAAAAAAUUGCAAUUGGUCUCGACAUCUCGGGCUCAUAAGCUAAAAGCUGAUUCACAGUUCACCGCGUAGGUAGAGUGCGUUCGAAUGGCUGCACAAGUCGGCCAGUAGCACCGUAAGUAGCCAGUGAUGUCAGUGCACAACAUCAAGUGCAUCCCCCGAAUCCGUAGCCCGAUACCUCCAACGCGUACAGCGACAAGCUCGCCUGAGAGAGCUACGCAUCGCUGUUCCAACCCAAAUGGACCAUCCUCGGUCUUCAGGCCUCGACGAUGGCUGAUGAGAUUCUGCUCGAGAAGAUCCACGAUCUCAGCGACCUCGAACUCGCCGCCCUGCUCAGUCUCGUGGCUCGCGAGCACUGCCUGAUCAGCACACCGUCCGAUGCCCUCGAUGACUUGCUCGAAGAAUUGCAGCUUGUCGCCAGUCGAACCUUUGGCCUCAGCUGCGCGGUGAUCAAUUGCGACUCGACGACAACCUUGGAUACGUUCGCCGCGUCUCUUCUUGUGAAGAGUCAGCAGACACCAACUGGCCCUGUGUACGCGAACACCAACGCGCACCUAGCAGCAAGUGCACCGCGCCAGAGACCAACAUCUAGCGACCAGGAUUCACUACACAUUGGGAAUGUCAUCCUCGCGCGCAACCUCCACUUGGCACCGCAUGCGGUACAAAUACAGGCUUUGGAGCUCCUGAGGACCAGGCGGAUCUUCACGCACACGGCAGUGCACGCAGCACCGAAACAGUUCCUUUUUCUCCCCGUGUUGGGAGCAGAAAGCGGCGGCGCAGCAAGGGUCACGAAGCACUUGAACGAUUACAUGUUUAUUGGACACUGGCAUGAUCCAGAAGACGGCUAUGUCAAUCUCGAAGAUGGCGACGACAAUGUCAACGUCGAAACAGCGUCGACAGACAGUGUGGUCAAAGUGAGAGUGACGCACCAGGAUCAAAAAGAUUAUCCUUUCCCGGAAGCACUUGUGUCUGAAGCAGACAUUGCCAGACUAUCCACUCUAAGCCGACGAGUCGACGUCGAUAUCAAUGUCACCCGAUACCGGAUGAACAUCAUCUCCUUCCUGCGGAUGCAUCGCGCCGUGGCUGAUGGGAUCAGCCCCAGUGCUACCAAGCAUCUGGAGCUGUUGUGCCGAUGCCUUGCGCCAUUGCACAAAGUCGCCUUCGUCACGCCGGCGCUCGUGGGUCUGGCCGCACGUAAAGUAUACAUACAUCGCAUUCGCAUUGCCAAGCCUGAGAAUGAGCGAAGCAUGCAAUGGGGCAGCAAGCUGGGCGCCGUGGAGGCUAUAUUGGAUGGGGUAGGGCCUGAAGAGCUCAUUGAAGAUGUUUUGACAAUGGUGACGGCGCCAUUGUGAAUGCCCCGUCGUUUAUUACUAUAUAUAAUUCGUCGUCAUGCCCGCAAAACUAUACUCCGGUGCCUUGCGUUGUAUGUGGAACAACGUCGACAAUGUACCAAAUCAAUAGCAAUUUUCAUAAGUCCCGUCAUGAAACUAGGUCACUCAUUGGACCUUCUUCAACUUGCACUCCCAGCCAGAGUUGCUCUCGAGGAGCGGAAGACUACAGUGGUUAGC